AUGACGCAGUUUGAGUAUUCAGAUGAAGAAGCCAUAGUGCGUCCAUGUGGUCUUCAAGACCUCAAAUGCAUCCAGCAGUACUUCGCUCAAAAUUCCCAAUGUAGUUUACCAAAUGGACCAGCCCCAGACUCCCACAGGGUCAAAAGUAUACCCAUGUACUUACCUCAUGUCAAUGUCACAUUCAUCUUGACAGAUGUAGACAUUAAAGGAUUCAAUGACUUCAAAAUUGUUGAUUUCUAUAUAAACAAAAAGACAAACACUGUUCUAUUUGAGGUGGAAUUCCGAAGAAUUUGGGUGUACUCUCCAAGAACCAUUAUCACCUACCACAGGAAAGGAAAGGAGCCGUUGGAUUUAGCUGACUACGCGUUUAUAGAAUACCUGAAUCUAUCGCUAACACUGACUGCCCCUCAAAUUAAUAACAUCGAUAUGUCCAAAAACCAUGUCUACACAUACGUCAGUGAUUCCAACCCUAGAAGCGGACUGGGACCUAUUUUCACAGACAAUAAAGAUGAAUACGUGAGAAGAACAACCAAGCUUCUACUGGAUAGAGUCGCUCUAGGCCUUCAGGAAGCCUUCGUGACACAAGGCGAAAUCUUCUUUUUCUUGUUCUUUCAAAGCACUGUAUGCACUUACUACAACUAG